GGCGAUUCCUCUCCGGAGAUGUCUUUCAUUUUCGAAUGGCUCUACAACGGCUUCAGCAGCGUCCUGCAGUUCCUAGGUUUGUACAAGAAGUCUGGAAAACUGGUGUUCUUGGGCUUGGAUAACGCAGGGAAAACCACUCUGCUGCACAUGCUCAAAGAUGACAGGCUGGGCCAGCAUGUCCCCACGCUACAUCCCACAUCAGAGGAGCUGACAAUUGCUGGAAUGACCUUCACAACUUUUGAUCUGGGUGGACAUGAACAAGCUCGCCGAGUCUGGAAGAACUACCUGCCUGCCAUCAAUGGGAUCGUCUUCCUGGUGGACUGUGCAGAUCACUCACGGCUCAUGGAAUCCAAAGUGGAGCUGAAUGCCCUAAUGACAGAUGAAACAAUAUCCAAUGUGCCAAUCCUUAUCCUGGGAAACAAAAUCGACAGACCUGAGGCCAUCAGCGAGGAGAAACUGCGGGAGAUCUUUGGGCUCUACGGGCAGACCACAGGAAAGGGAAACGUGCCCCUGAAGGACCUGAACGCGCGGCCCAUGGAGGUGUUCAUGUGCAGUGUGCUGAAGAGACAAGGCUACGGCGAAGGCUUCCGCUGGCUAUCGCAGUACAUUGACUGAUGGUGGGAUGGACACAAGAGUUUUACUCCUCUGGACUGAUCCUGUUCACAGCUUCCUAUGGACUUUUCUAUCUAGAACAUGGAAGGCUUUCCAACCACAUCCUGGCAUUGACCAAGAGACUCCUGUUUUCCGCCUGCCCUUAUGGCCCAGUGGUGACACAACUCUUUUCCACGUGGCGGGAGGCGAGUUGUCCCUGGCAGCUCAGUGGCUGCUCCGAGCUGGGAAGGAAAACCUCUGCACGCUGCACUGUAACAGCUGAAAAAGAGAGCAAGUCUCACCACUGUGCUUAAAUUGACUUAAAAAAAAAAAAAAAACAGAAAAGGAAAAAGCAAUUAUAUUUUUUAAAGAAAGUGUUAAUGUAAACAGUGUCCCUUCUAACUUUUGAGUUUAACCUUCAUCCUGUUUAGUCCAGAGUCUGGUUUAGGGUUUUUUAAAGGCAUAUUUAACGGUAUUUAGGUAUUUCACCAAUUACUGAACUAAGGUAUCAUGAUAUUAGAGUCCUCAAUAAACAUAGCAUUUGGGCUUAACCGA